GUUGGAAAAAAGAAUCUCAAACUUGUCGUUCACGUCAUCAACUCAAUACAAGGCACACACGUGUCAAAACACCAUUGGAAGUACAACCUAUAAGAAUUAGCAAACCACGGACGGCCAUUAACUGCUCUCAAGUUCAAGUUCAAGUUCAAGGCAGCGAUCGAUCUCCGGCGGUUUCUUGCGGCUACGACGAAAUGGCGAUUUCCGAGGGAAGUGAGGAGUUUACCAUCAGUGAUAAAUGCAAUUCUGAUAAUUCUGGGGAAGAAAACCUUUUCGAUGACUGUGGACAAGAAGAAUAUAUGCGUGAUCUAUCUCAUGAUCAUUUGGUGAAAGUUGAGUUUCACGGAUAUCGCAACAAAAGGAUUGUUCCUGUAAUUGAAACUUGCGAAUAUCCGGGACACAAAAGGUUCAAGCAUACCGUGGAGAUCAAAGAUGUUGUUGCAGACCAUGCUCUUGAAUUCCUCCCUGCAAAAACACUCUCCCGGUUCAGAGCUGUUAGCAAAGAGUGGGAUAAGCGGAUUACCAGCCCUUUCUUCAUCCACAAGCAAGGUUACCGCUUCCGGGAUAUCUCUGGUCUCUUUUGUCAACUCCCUGGCGACAGGCCCUUCUUUGUAUCUCUUAAUCAUGAUGCUUAUGGCGUUCCCAGUCCUUCCCUCAGCUUCUUGCCUGAACCGGUUACUGUCAGAACGAGCUGCAAUGGUCUGCUUUGCUGCCAAAGCUGUGAUGGAGAGAAUACCUACUACAUUUGCAAUCCUGCUAACAAGGAGUGGAAAGCGCUUCCCCAGUCGAACUUCUAUCAUGGCCCUGAACCUGCUCUAGCUCUAGCCUUUGAGCCUUCUGUGCUUAAUUUUGCAGAGCAUUUCCAACUUGUUUGCGCCUUCUCUCUAACUGAUCAUGCCUUCUCUCUAACUGACCAUCCGGUUAUCUGUUUCGAGAUCUACUCUUCGAGGUCAUCCUCAUGGAGACUUGCUGACACAGAAUGCUGUGAGUUGGAUGCUAUGAAGUUGAAUGGUGACGGGCUCUUUCUGAAGGGCGUAGCCUUUUGGGAAACUUCUGCUGGGGCUGUUUUGGCUUUUGAUUUGAAUGACGAGCAUUAUGGUAUUCUGUCGCUUCCCAUCAACAGCGGACCACAUGGUGUAUUGACAGAGAUGAAUGGUGAGCUGUGCUACCUUCUGCCUCACAAAGACAAGAAUGAAUACACCCUGGACAUCUAUGGUGACAUGGACAUGCAUCUGAAGCAUAGUAUUGCUCUUGGUCUUGAGUUUUUCAACAAUUUUAACAAGGAGUUGAGGGCGUUGGCUUGCGUGAACAAUGACAUGGUGAUAUUUGAUUUUGGAAAGAGACUCUAUGCUUAUAAUCUGAAGACAGGGAAGGCUGAAAUUCUAAGAAGUGAUGACGGGACUGAUGUUGGAUAUGUAAGGUAUCUUCCAUAUGUCAACAACCUCGUGCACGUUCACCCUUCGUAAAUGAGCAGUAUACUUGCUGUUUUUCUCCUUCCACUCUCAGACUGGAUUUUCGAUUUAGGAUUUGAUGAUUGUUUGCAAGUUCAAUUUAGGAGUUGUUAGUUGAAACUUGUUCAAACUCAUAAUAAUGUUUAGUUUCUUGAACCACAAGUCAUAGUGAUCAGUUUCUUGGACCACAAGUCAUAAUGUUUGUUCUUGGGUUUUGACUGUCUGUAUGAUAUGCGAAUCAUGGAAACAUCAUUUGACAAUUGUG